AUGCGUUACAUUCGCAAACCCCCAUAUCCAGCAGAGCUACUUGGCAAGCCAUAUUUGGAGAAGUAUGAAACACCUACCCUCGUCCUUUAUGAUGGGAGGAAGGGGAAUGCAAUGGAGCAUGUUAGCAAAUUUAUGGAUUCUAUGGGACCAUUUGCAGGAGAUAGGGAGCUUUGUCAGAGGAAAUUCUCAAAGUCCCUCAUUGACCGUGCUUACACAUGGUACUCUACUCUUCAACCUAAUUCCAUUCCCACAUGGGAAGAUAUGGUGGAAAGUUUUUGCACUAAGUAUUUCUAUGGUGAGAAGAAGGUCACCAUCAUCACCCUUCACAAUUCGAAACAAAAGCCUUUCGAAAGGCUCCUUGAUUUUAUUAGGUGGUUUAGAGAUAUCGCCCUCGAUUGUUACGGGCAGUACAAAGAGCAAGAGCUAGUAGAGAUUUGCAUCGACAACAUAUUCCCGGAAUACAGAGCACACUUGGAGAACCUUGACAUUCAUCAAUUUGCCCAAUUACUCCAAAAAGCUCGGAAGACAACCUUAUCAGUUAAGCCAUCUGUCAUUGACAAGCCUAGACCAGAGAAAAGAAACCCUCCUCAAGCUCUUGCCGUCUCCGGUGGUGAAUCAGCAGCAGGGGUAAAACGCAAAAGGGAUGAUGGUGCAGAACAACAGGAGCUACCUCCCAUUCCAUGUAUUGACGAAGAAAUCAAGGUGAUAGUCGAUAAGUGGGUGGUUGAUGGAGUCCUUAGAAUCAUCAAGCCAAACCGGUAG